CCGCCACUACCUGCGCCUGGAGAUCAGCGAGAGCCGGGUGCCCAUCAGCUGCCCGGAGUGCAGCGAGCGACUCAACCCGCACGACAUCCGCCUGCUGCUCGCCGACCCGCCGCUCAUGCACAAGUACGAGGAGUUCAUGCUGCGCCGCUACCUGGCCUCGGACCCCGACUGCCGCUGGUGCCCUGCCCCGGACUGCGGUUAUGCUGUUAUUGCCUAUGGCUGUGCCAGCUGCCCAAAGCUAACCUGUGAGAGAGAAGGCUGCCAGACUGAGUUCUGCUACCACUGCAAGCAGAUAUGGCAUCCAAAUCAGACGUGCGAUAUGGCCCGUCAACAGAGGGCACAGACUUUGCGAGUUCGGACCAAACACACUUCAGGUCUUAGUUAUGGGCAAGAAUCUGGACCAGCAGAUGACAUCAAGCCAUGCCCACGAUGCAGCGCUUACAUUAUCAAGAUGAAUGAUGGAAGCUGUAAUCACAUGACGUGUGCAGUGUGUGGCUGUGAAUUCUGCUGGCUUUGUAUGAAAGAGAUCUCAGACUUACAUUACCUCAGCCCCUCUGGCUGUACAUUCUGGGGCAAGAAGCCAUGGAGCCGUAAGAAGAAAAUUCUUUGGCAGCUGGGCACUUUGAUUGGUGCUCCGGUGGGGAUUUCUCUCAUUGCUGGCAUUGCCAUUCCUGCCAUGGUCAUUGGCAUUCCUGUUUACGUUGGAAGGAAGAUUCACAGCAGGUAUGAAGGAAGGAAAACCUCCAAACACAAGAGGAAUUUGGCUAUCACAGGAGGAGUGACUUUGUCAGUCAUUGCAUCCCCAGUCAUUGCUGCAGUUAGUGUUGGUAUUGGUGUCCCCAUUAUGCUGGCAUAUGUCUACGGGGUUGUGCCUAUUUCUCUCUGUCGUGGAGGUGGCUGUGGUGUUAGCACAGCCAAUGGAAAAGGAGUGAAAAUUGAGUUUGAUGAAGAUGAUGGUCCAAUCACAGUGGCAGAUGCCUGGCGAGCCCUCAAGAAUCCCAGCAUUGGAGAAAGCAGCAUUGAAGGCCUGACCAGUGUAUUGAGCACGAGUGGAAGCCCUACAGACGGACUUAGUGUUAUGCAAGGUCCUUACAGUGAAACAGCUAGCUUUGCAGCCUUGUCAGGGGGCACACUGAGUGGUGGCAUACUCUCCAGUGGCAAGGGAAAGUACAGCAGGUUAGAAGUUCAAGCCGAUGUCCAAAAGGAAAUUUUCCCCAAAGACACAGCCAGUCUUGGUGCAAUUAGUGACAACGCAAGCACUCGUGCUAUGGCCGGUUCCAUAAUCAGUUCCUACAAUCCACAGGACAGAGAAUGCAACAACAUGGAAAUCCAAGUGGACAUUGAAGCCAAACCAAGCCACUAUCAGCUGGUGAGUGGAAGCAGCACGGAGGACUCACUCCAUGUUCAUGCUCAGAUGGCAGAGAAUGAAGAAAGUAGUGGUGGUGGAGGCAGUGAAGAGGAUCCCCCUUGCAAACACCAAAGCUGUGAACAGAAAGACUGCCUGGCCAGCAAACCGUGGGACAUCAGCCUGGCCCAGCCUGAGAGCAUCCGCAGCGACCUGGAGAGCUCUGAUACACAGUCAGAUGAUGUGCCAGACAUCACCUCAGAUGAGUGUGGCUCCCCCCGCUCCCAUACUGCAGCCUGCCCCGCAACCCCCAGAGCCCAAGGUGCACCAAGCCCAAGUGCCCAUAUGAACCUCUCUGCCCCAGCUGAGGGACAGACUGUCUUGAAGCCAGAAGGUGCAGAAGUCAGAGUAUGAAGUGGAAUGAAUGCUCCUGUUCUGAGAAGCACACUUGUAACUGCAUCUUUUGGAAUCUUUUUUGAAGGGGUGGGGUGGGGAUUUAUGUAUUUUAUUUGAAAGAUUCUCUGGUCAUAGGUUUUCCCCAGGGAAAUUCUAAGAGAUUUGCAGUUUCUUAAAAGAUAAAACAAGAAAAGUUUGCCCUUAGUCCCUUUGCCCUUGCCCCCCACCCUUUUUUUAGUUUUAAUUUAUUGGUUAAACUGAUGGUGGCGAUCUGUGAGGUGUGUCAAAGAGUGUACAUAUGUAUGUGUGUAUAUUGUAUGCUAAACAUAAGGACACAUUUUAAUAAAGAUUUCUGUCGUAAUUCAA